UGGGCCUUACGGCCAUAACUUGCUCAAAUGUGCUCCCGGCCAAGAAUAGGUACCUACAGCAGGUAUUUUGUGUGCCAAGGUACUAACAGUUUAGAACUACUGAUUUUCAGGAUCAAACUAUUACAGCCCAUGCGGUGGCACAACAAGGGUAACUACAUGUAAAUUCCUUCAACGGUCAGUCUAUCAGAUUAGGACACUGAAAGCCAUGGUAACCAUAAAUAAUUAAGGUUCGACCUGACGGCUCUCCCGUCAACUGUCUUCCCGUUGUUUCUGCCGCACUGCCCUUAACUUAAUUUCUUUUCUGCUGGCAGGUCUUUACUUUUUCUUCUUCUUUUUUUUAUCGUCCCGUGCAAUUCCAAACAGGUAACAACUUCAAGGCUUACCUAAGUUGCAUAUACACCAUCCAUAGACUCUAGGUAGAAGUCUCAACCCAUCGGAUUAACAUCCAAUCUAUAUUGAAAUUCUAACCUGUGACGCAAUUCUCAUAUAUCAGCUAAGAUGGAAAUGGGAUCAAUGACGACGUCUAGCACGAUGAACAUGGCAACCCCGACUAUGACCGCUGCUGCAUCAUCAAGCACUGCUACGAUGGAUAUGGAUAUGGGCAUGGGAGGAGGCUGCCAGAUCAACAUGCUCUGGAACUGGUACACAGUCGAUGCCUGCUUCAUUUCUUCCUCUUGGCACAUCACAUCAAAGGGAAUGUUUGCAGGCUCUUGCAUUGGUGUUAUCCUGCUUGCUAUCCUACUCGAGUUCCUGCGCCGCUCUGUUAAAGAGUACGACAACUACCUCGUCCGCAAGAAUGCUAGUCAUGGCCUCGUUGUUUCUGUUGCUAGUAAUGAUAACAACGAGAAUGGUCGCACUUCUCCUAAGCCUGACCAGACUCCUCCUGGAGAGGCACCCUCAGUCAACACCGUAGCGGGCAACGGUUAUAGACCCAAGCUGAUUGAGCAGGCUAUCCGUGCCUUCCUCCACACUGCUCAGUUUGUCGUGGCUUACUUCCUCAUGUUACUUGCCAUGUACUACAAUGGCUACAUCAUCAUCUGCAUCUUCAUUGGUGCCUACAUUGGCAGCUUCAUCUUCCAGUGGGAGAAGCUUGGCGGUGGACAGCAGACAAGUGCUGCAAAGGAAGCUACCGUAUGCUGCGGUUAAGACGUGGAUCAACAACAUAAAUUCUGAAUAAAAAGCUGGAUUGAUUUCAUAAGGGUUCGGUGAAUGAAGUCAAAUAAGAGGAGUUGGCUUUGACGAUAACGCGAUAUACCACUUUGCAUUACACUGGCGGUUAGGAUAUAAUAAUUCAAUCCCAAGACUCUAAGAUAAAAUUUUGCAACUGUACUCUUUCUUGGAGGAUUUGUCAACGCGAAGCUGUGUUUCAAUUCUCGCAAUAUGUGAUACUCUGUGGUUAGGGGGUCUAAUUCCUUUAGCUUCAUAUAAUGAGAAAAUACCCGAUCACACUCAACUAAUCACUAACAAUUUAUAACUUGAUCCUGGGUUUAAUAAAUUGACAUUUGCUUAUAUAGUAGUUGAGAAGUUGGA